GAUAGUGAAGUGAUUCUCUUCUGCUUCAGGAGGAACGUUUGUAGUGUCAGAUUCUUUUAGUUAAUAUUAAUAUUAAAAUGGCGAGUCAAACUCAAGGAAUUCAACAACUAUUAGCUGCUGAGAAAAGAGCAGCAGAGAAGGUAGCAGAAGCGAAAAAGAGGAAAGCCCGCAGGCUCAAACAGGCGAAAGAGGAAGCUCAAGAUGAAAUUGAAAAGUACAGACAAGAACGAGAAAAACAGUUUAAAGAAUUUGAAGCUAAGCAUAUGGGCUCUCGGGAGGACGUUGCGGCUAGGAUCGAGGCCGACACCAAGGUGAAGAUUAACGAGAUGAACAAAGCUGUCACUCUACACCAGGAGGCUGUGAUUCAGCAGAUUUUGGAGUUGGUUUACGACAUCAAGCCCGAACUCCACAAGAAUUUCCGCGCUGCCAAGUGAACAUUCCCCAACAGUAUUGUGUGAGAUGCUAUGUACAGCACAACAGUGUUACGUGUCAUUAGAUAUGAGUAAAUUGGCUGAUAGCUUAGUAUUAUCCAUUUCCCACCCAUUUCAUCUUACUUUUGUUACCAUACCUUGGUCGAGUCACAUUCCUCGUAAUCAUUAAAAUUUGUAUUCUAUUUUCAAUGUUGAUGGUGCCGGAUAUAUUGUAAAUGUUAAAUAAAAACAUUCUCGUUUA